AUGGCCAGCACCCGUGAGUGGGUGAGCGAUGGUUGGCGCGAAUCUCGGCCCGGAACCGCGCCCAGUAGGCCAGCCCGGCUCGGCCCAGCACGGCAGGGGGAGGGGGGGACGGAGGGCGGGGGGGCAGGGAGGCCGGGGGGGGGGGCGGGGGGGGGAGGGGGGCGGGGGAGGGCGGGCGCCCGGCCGCCGGCCGGGGGCGGGAGCCGCCUGGAGGCCGCCAUCCUGAGCGGCUGGAGGACCUUCUGGCAUUCGGUGGGCAAAGAGCGGGCGACGCGGACGGUCUCCCAGGAGGAGGCGGAGGAGGACACCAGCGCGCUGAGGCGGCUGCCGAUCGAUGUACAGCUGUAUAUUUUGUCAUUUCUUUCACCCCAUGAUCUGUGCCAGUUGGGAAGUACAAAUCGUUACUGGAAUGAAACCGUAAGAGACCCAAUUCUCUGGAGAUAUUUUCUGCUGCGGGAUCUCCCUUCUUGGUCUUCUGUUGAUUGGAAGUCACUUCCGGAUCUAGAGAUCUUAAAAAAGCCCAUAUCUGAGGUCACCGACAGCACGCGUUUUGAUUACAUGGAGGUUUAUAAAACGUGCUGUCCAUAUACGAGAAGAGCCUUGAAAGCCAGCCGUCCUAUGUAUGGAGCUGUUACUUCUUUCUUACAUUCAUUGAUCAUUCAGAAUGAACCCCGAUUUGCUAUGUUUGGACCAGGUUUGGAAGAAUUGAACACAUCUUUGGUGUUGAGUUUGAUGUCUUCUGAGGAACUUUCCCCAACUGCUGGUUUGCCUCAUAGACAGAUUGAUGGUAUUGGAUCUGGAGUCAAUUUCCAGUUGAACAAUCAACAUAAAUUCAACAUCCUGAUAUUAUAUUCGACUACCAGAAAGGAAAGAGACAGAGCAAGGGAAGAGCACACAAGUACAGUUAACAAGAUGUUCAGCCUACAGCGGGAAGGAGAUGAGCAGCAAGGAAGCCGCUACAGUGUAAUUCCACAGAUUCAGAAGGUGUGUGAAGUUGUCGAUGGCUUCAUCUAUGUGGCAAAUGCCGAAGCUCAUAAACGACAUGAAUGGCAAGAUGAAUUUUCUCGUAUCAUGGCCAUGACAGAUCCAGCUUUUGGAUCUUCAGGAAGACCAAUGCUGGUUUUAUCUUGUAUUUCUCAAGCAGAUGUAAAAAGAAUGCCCUGUUUUUAUUUAGCUCACGAACUGCGUCUCAACCUUCUAAACCACCCAUGGAUGGUUCAGGAUAUGGAGGCUGAAACUCUGACUGGUUUUUUGAAUGGCAUUGAGUGGAUUCUUGAAGAAGUAGAAUCUAAGCAUGCAAAAUGAUGCUCCCUUUGGACCUCUGGAAGCUGCAGUGCGUGACGUGUGUGUUUCCCAUCCAUCCUAUUCCUGACUUUCUAUAAGAGGGCUUUAUACAGGACAGCUAUAGCUGCUGUGGUUCUGAUUCUUUACCAGAAAUCAGUUGCAAGUUUCAAUCCUACUACUUUCCCCCCAAAAUGAAUGCUCACAUUUUUGAUAACUUUUAUAUUUUCUGUCUUUUUUGAAAAUAUUAAAUUCUGCAAAACCAAA